GACUUUUCAACCGCACUGCUUCGUUACACGUAUGCUGUACGUCCAGUAGCAACUGCAGCAGCUGGAUAGGUACGCAAUCUUCCCCACCGCCGACAUAUCACAGGCCAUCGUGAGAUGCAACAAUGAUCUGUGCCGCGGUAGAAUGGGGGCAUAAUUGGGGCCGAGCCUGGUCGAGCAACCGGAGAGCAUGCUCUUUCCAAUGAUGAAUCAACAGGCGGUCAAGGUGCUGAGAUUUAACCGUGGGACAACGACAAUGGCAUGCUCCAUCCUCGGGAAGACUCGUCUUUGUUGCUCGAGAUUUACAGCAGGACCCCAGACAAUUUGCACCCAGGGUUCUGAACAGAACACCUGAGGGUGUCAGGAACCGCCGUUGAGAUAGCACCGGGGAUCAAUAACGCCAUUGUACUACCCACAGAAUGAAACCAUCACGCUUUCAGUCCAAGAAGGGAAAUGACUCAAAGCUUUGCAACCAAUGGACUCCGAUCCGAACCACGCUAUCUUCCCAUCUGUCACGCUCAUGCUGCUUGCUCUCUAGCUCGAGCGGGAUCCGUCUCAAACCAUGACGUGCAUCUGCUUGCCUCUCACCAUCCAGGGCUGGUCAGGUUGGGGUGAACAAAGUGCCCUGCCAGACCCUGCCCUUUAGUGCAGCCACCUUGCCUGAAAAUAACUUCAAGGCUCUCUCUUGUCUGUGCCAAGGUGACCAGUCACCUGCUCAAAACUGGCCGCCAACCUCACCCGGCUUUCCACAGACCACAGCAAACGAGGCAUGGAAGGGAGAAAUAGCGCCCGGCACGGCUAGAACGGGCGAAGGCGGGCCCGUGGGGAUAAAGAUGGGGCCAUUGAGAUACCUGAGAGUAAUUCAUCAUUGGAUUGAGUUUAUAUCACCACGUUAAGACAGUCGAGAUGCGCUGGUGCCUUGAAGCCUGCCGCAGGUUGGCUUGUGGUGUGUUUUACGAGUUUUGCAACACAACCUCGAGCAAUUGUGGAGGGGACCUGGACAUAGGCCACAGGCCCCAAAUGCCUAAAUGGGCUCUUGUUUCUCACCACAUCCUGGAGCCUCAUUAGCGCGCUCUGCAGGGGCAUGGCCCGCCUAGGUACAGUAAGUAGCAUGUGGUUAAAGCCGAAGCUGAAGUAAGGCAAGGUAUUUAUCUAUGUGAGUCCAAAAAAUGAGCGAGCUGAGUCUCACAUCAGUCGAUGCAUGGCACUUAGAGGACUAACACGAGAGCGAGACACAUGAAACAAGGUAAACAGCACUAUAAAUUGAUUUCCAGUACCGACAGGAGAAGAAAAAAGAAAGCACGCAGCUCUAAAGAGCGAAAACAAGGGUCUUGAUAACUUCCCCAGCACAUACCGGAACCCCAUGUCUUAUUAUGGUGGGGAUGUCAAUGUCGAAGCAUGAGAAUGUCACCCUCCACGCUCUCGCCCUAAUGUAGGAUGAACCACUUCUGGUCAGGUCUGGGACAUGGCCAAGAUCUAUCCCAUUUUAUUCUACCACCUUACGCACCCAAACACGCUCCAAGUACUGGGGUAUAGCUGUGGGUAUGGGCGUGUUAUCCAGCAGCAGCAGACCAAGCUGCAUUGCCUAGCAUGCACUGACGUUGAGCUGUCAAAACGUCACCACAAGGGCAAGAAAAAAACACAAUCAGCAUUGCGCUGCUUUGUUUCAACAGACAGGAUCCACGCUGCCACAACGGCAAUCCUCUCUCCUUUUCUCUUGAAUCGUCUCGAAUCAGAUCGACUCAAAUCAUAUCACGGCCCUUGCCUGCCUGCCUGUCUCGUCCGCCCUCACAUAUUCCUGUCGUCUGCGGCCCUUAUUCGACUCAUCCCUGGGCGGCCGUCUCCAUUGAGCAGUGACAGCCGGUAGCAUUGGCCGGUGUCUACCAGUAAAUUGACAGCGGUAGUAAUCACAGUAACCGCCUUCUCGCAUCUGCUUGCCGGGUAUAAAGUCGGGAAGAGCGUGCCUUGAAUCGCAAUCUCUUCCUCCUUCACUCGCUAGCAUCGAGGUUUGUUGUAGACGAUCUCAACCGCAAAUACCUUCCCACAAACUCAUUCUUGAAUACAACACUGCCAUAUCGUAUCGUGCCGUGCUGCAACAUACCGUUCCACAGCGCGCGCUUCUUUUUCUGGAAUCUUGCUGAGUGGUAUUGUCGACCCAGAGCCGUGGAAUUGUUGUGCGUGCAGGACCCUGUUAACCUUGAAAAUAUAGUCACACACUCCUCCGAACUUGCAUAGCGACAUUGGGAAAACGAAUGCUUGGAUUGAUUGAUGUCCUUCGAUUGCCGUGAUGGAUCCCAAGAAUGAUGCUUCCUCGCACGGAGCCGUAGUCGAUAUCGGCGGUAGCAACAUGUACGACGGCGUUGGCAAGCGAUUGCAAGAGGCCCUCACGGCUCCAUACUCUCCAACCUCCAAACCCACGCUGCCCGACGAAUUACUGUACGACGAUGUCGGGUUGCCGAUCUGGAAUCAGAUCAUCUUCACCCCUGAAUUUUACCAGACCCAUGACGAGAUUGCCUUGUUUGAUGAGCAUGGCGCUGAUGUUGUUGCACGAUGCCCAGCUGGUGUCACAAUUAUCGAUCUAGGAGCUGGUGACACUCGCAAGGUUGGCCACCUUCUCGCAGCCUUUGAAAAGGGCAAGGUUCCCGCCAAGUACCUCGCAUUGGACAUUUCCAGAUCGUCGCUGAAUCACAAUGUCAAAUACCUGGUGGAGCAGCAUCCGAGCCCUGAGUCUUCAGUGACCUGUGCUGGUAUCUGGGGUACCUUUGGCGAUGGCAUGAGCUAUAUCCAAAAGAUCUCGACACCACGUCUCUUCCUCUCGCUAGGUUCAGUGCUCUGCAACGAUCCUUGGCCUGAAGCACUUUCUCACCUGAAGUUCUGGGCCGAUGCCCUGCGAUCUGACGACCUGCUUCUAAUUGGAAUGGACGGUCACACUCUUCCCAACAACAAGGAGAAGAUCUGGAACGCCUACCACUCUUGCGAUGGCCUUUAUCACAAGUUCUUCUUGAAUGGCUUCAAGCAUGCCAACCGUCUGGCAGGUGAGGAAUGGUUUCGUGAGGAAGAUUGGGAACUCCUCGCACAAUUGGAGGAUGAGCCCACUACUCGUCAUCGCUUCUUCUUCCGGGCCAAGAAAGACGUGAAGCUUAAGAAGAUGAGCCGCAUCAUCCAAAAAGGCGAAGAGUUCGACUGGUUUGAUUCUCACAAGUACGGCGAAGACAACGUGCGCCUCAUGUGCUAUAAGGCAGGAUUGAGCGUAAUCGAUGUCUGGCAGGCCCCAGGAUCGGAGUUCCGACAAUAUCUCGUUCGCCGCAAGGACAGCAAGGACCAGCGAGACGACGCCGACAGUGCCGUCUCGGGAGUCAGUUACUAAUCUGGCUGGCUCCGCGGCUGGCCGCUACCCAUCACUUCUAAUUCCUAAAAGAAUUUUCACCAAAAGGCGGGCAACUAUUGCUGAGAAUAUCUGCGGACAGUACCUUUUUACGAGUAAGGGAAGGUAAUGUAAUCCCAAAAUGGAUGGACAGAUCAAAGUUUUGUUCGUUGUGUUUCGUCAGGUCAGGCACAAGGUUUCCUCUUCUGCUUCGAGGACCUUUGCAACAAGGUGUUCCCACCAAGGGUACCUCUUACCGAUAUCUUUGGAGAGAGCAGUUGGAUCUCGUGGGAUUUGUACUUCUUUGUCAAUCCAUCCCCAGAUGCGCAAAAGCGCCUCGUACAAGGGGGGGACGCUCUGAGGUGACAGGUAAUUAGCCCCUAAUUCUGCAACUAGAGUGGGUAAUAUUGGGAGCAGUAGACCUGGGCAAAGGCAGAACCAGCCUGCGUCUUGCCAUAGAUUACUAAAAAAAAAAUGGAGGUUUGCGUUUCUUUUCUUUGCACUUACACUGCGAACUGGCGUUUGAACCACUUGUUCGAACCAAUCCAUUGAAACAUCCUUGUGUACAG